UGGCGGCUGCUGCUGAGUGAGGGACUGCAAAGGCCCAGAGCCCGGGCGGGAGGACCCGACGGGCCUGCGUGCCAGUGGGAGCGCGGCCGGAGCUUCUCCUACUCCAAAGAGGAAACCUCAUCCAGGGCCAUGAUACCACUUCUCCAUCAUCUGUGUGCUGCUUGGUUAAGCUAAUGCUGUGAGAGCCCUGGUCCCUUGUGGAGGAAUCAAGCUGACUGUUGGCAUGAGGCCUCUGUCUUGCAGGGGUUGAAAGGGACACUGCUAUGGCUUCUCUGGAUGACCCUGGGGAAGUGAGGGAGGGCUUCCUUUGCCCUUUGUGCCUGAAGAACCUGCAGUCUUUCUAUCAGCUUCAGUCACAUUAUGAGGAAGAGCACUCUGGGGAAGACCGUGAUGUCAAAGGGCAAAUUAAAAGUCUUGUCCAGAAGGCUAAGAAAGCCAAGAACAGGCUGUUGAAACGAGAAGAUGACCGAGCAGAAUCAGGGACACAAGGAUAUGAGUCUUUCAGUUAUGGAGGGGUCGACCCUUACAUGUGGGAACCCCAGGAACUAGGCGCUGUGAGAAGCCAUCUUUCUGACUUCAAAAAACACCGAGCUGCCAGAAUUGACCACUAUGUUGUUGAAGUCAAUAAAUUAAUAAUCAGGUUAGAGAAGCUCACUGCAUUUGACAGAACGAAUACCGAAUCUGCUAAGAUACGAGCAAUAGAAAAGUCUGUGGUGCCUUGGGUCAACGACCAAGAUGUCCCUUUCUGUCCGGACUGUGGGAAUAAGUUCAGCAUCCGUAACCGCCGCCACCACUGCCGCCUCUGCGGGUCUAUUAUGUGCAAGAAGUGUAUGGAGCUCAUCAGCCUCCCUUUUGCAAACAAGCUCACCAGUGCCAGCAAAGAUUCCCUGAGCACCCACACCAGCCCCAGCCAGUCACCCAACAGUGUCCAUGGCUCCCGCCGGGGCAGUAUCAGCAGCGUGAGCAGUGUAAGCUCCGUCCUGGAUGAAAAGGAUGACGACCGGAUCCGCUGCUGUACACACUGCAAGGACACGCUGCUCAAGAGAGAGCAGCAGAUUGAUGAGAAGGAGCACACCCCCGACAUUGUAAAGCUCUAUGAGAAAUUACGACUUUGCAUGGAGAAAGUUGACCAAAAAGCUCCCGAAUACAUCAGGAUGGCAGCAUCAUUAAAUGCUGGGGAGACAACCUACAGCCUGGAACAUGCCAGUGACCUUCGAGUGGAAGUGCAGAAAGUGUACGAGCUCAUAGAUGCUUUAAGUAAGAAGAUCUUAACCUUAGGCUUGAACCAGGACCCUCCACCACAUCCAAACACUUUGCGGCUGCAGAGGAUGAUCAGAUACUCAGCUACACUGUUUGUGCAGGAAAAGUUGCUGGGUUUGAUGUCACUGCCAACCAGAGAACAGUUUGAGGAACUGAAAAAGAAAAGGAAACAGGAAAUGGAGAGGAAGAGGAUCCUGGAGAGACAGGUUGUCCUGGAAUCCCAGCAACGGUUUGAGGAAAGGCGGAGUGACCUGGCGUCUCGUGCGGCCAACGGGGAGGUGGUGUCCCUUCGAGGGGGACCUGCCCCCCUGAGAAAGGCUGAGGGCUGGCUCCCGCUGUCAGGAAGUCCGGGGCAGAGUGAAGACUCGGACCCCCUCCUCCAGCAGAUCCACAACAUCACAUCAUUUAUUAGGCAGGCCAAGGCUGCCGGGCGGACAGACGAAGUGCGCACACUGCAGGAAAACCUGCGGCAGUUGCAGGAUGAGUAUGACCAGCAGCAGACGGAGAAGGCCAUUGAGCUGUCACGGAGGCAGGCCGAGGAGGAGGACCUGCAGCGAGAACAGCUGCAGAGGCUUUGUGAACGGGAGUGGGAACGAGAGAGGGAGCAAUUCCGGGCCGCGUCCCUACAUACACGGACUCGGUCCCUGGACUUCCGAGAAAUCAGGCCUUUUCAGCUGGAGCCUGGCAGGGAGCCUCGUACCCACCUUGCUUAUGCUUUGGAUCUAGGCUUUUCCUCAGUUCAGAGCAGUGCAGCUGCGGAGCCCCCUGCGCCCAGCUCAGCUCUCGAGCCAGCCAGAGUGUGGUCUGGACCCCCAGCCCUCGGCCAGGAAUUCUUCCCCCAGAGCAUGAUUUCACAGCAAAAUGAGCUGGCCUCCCUAAACCCCUUCUAUGAGGAAGACCCCUCCAGCCCCACAGCAGGGGGCACUACCAGCCCUCCUGCCGCAGAGCAUUCCUUUGGCCCUUCAGUCUCCAUCCUCAAAGAAUACAAUCCUUUUGAGGAAGAAGAAGAGGAGGCUGUCGCAGGGAAUCCCUUCACUAACCCAGAUAGUCCAGCGCCCAACCCCUUUGAUGAGGAAGAUGAGCAUCCCCACCAGAGGCCCUCAAGCCCUCCUGUUCCUGGUAACCCCUUUGAGGAAGCCACCUGUACCAACCCCUUUGAGAUGGACAGUGACAGUGGGCCAGAGGGCGAGGAGCCCAUAGAGGAGGAGCUCCUCCUCCAGCAGAUUGAUAACAUCAAGGCGUACAUUUUUGAUGCCAAGCAGUGUGGCCGCCUGGAUGAGGUGGAAGUGCUGACAGAGAACCUGAGGGAGCUGAAGCGCACCCUGGCCAAACAGAAGCGGGGUACCGACUGACCCCACUGACUGUGGAUGGGGCAUCUUUGGGCCCAGGGCCUGGCAGGAGCCUGUGGAGCAGGACAGGGCUGGUGGGCCCGAUGGGGAAGGAGGAAGGGUGACAACUAAGAUGCACACAGGUUAGGGCAGGGAAUCUGCUGUUUCGUGCUGUGCACUUGGAGGUUUUUCCACUACAGUUGAAUAAUAAAGUGGAAACCAGAACAGGAAGAAUCAGCAUUCAUUUGCUGUAUUUCCUGGGGUUUUUAAAAAAUAUUUUUUGUUUUUGUUUUUUUGAAUCGGGUUUUCCCUUUAGAAGGGAUUUUAAAUUUUCAUUACUGAGUAGAACUAGAGGCAGUUCUCUUGGGCAGCCCUCGUGGGUCCACUUGCUCCUGCCUAGUCUUUGGUCUUGAUGCAGUAUUAUAGGGCACUUUCUUUGGCCAAGACAGACUUGAUGGAUUCCUUUAAACCUUACUCUGGUCUGACAGAAGUCUGUCCCCCUAGGCUGUGGGUUCUUUCACCUGGGGCAUCCUCUAUCCUGCUGGGUACAUCCCACCUGUGCGGCAGAAGGGGGAGCUACUGCUCUGAAGCCAGUAGUUUAGACCCAGGAGAGCCCAGCACCUCUUUUUAAGAGGGGGUGAUGGGGGGGUGAUGUUUUACCAGGGCAUUUCCCUGUCAGUUUAAGUCCUUGUUUGUCUCUUUCAGGAGGCUAAACUUCAGUGCAGGGGGAUCACUGGGUCUGACCAUGGUCUAUUUAGAAAAUAGGAGUGGUGAACUUUUCGGAUGACGGAGGCAGUAGUAUUUGGGAGCAGAGUUGUCUACCCAAAUGUUGCUCUGAAUGACUGAUGGAACAAUCGUCUGUCCCCAGCAAAACCCCCCUCUAGAACUUUGGUGAAAUUACUCUGACUUGGGCUUUUUCAGAGGGCCCAGUCUAUAAUUUAGGAUUGGUAAUCAGGAAGCUUUUGUGGAACAUUGCCAGGAGAAUGGAAGCUUCCCUGAGUCAGAAGAUAAAUUAAAAUGAUUUUCAGGGCUAGUUGAUCAGCCUUCUUCCCUUUUGGUUCAUCCUGUCCUGACCGGGGGCACCAGUGGGGUAUUUUCCUACCAAUGUUUAGUAUUAAGAAACGGAAGUGUUUGAAGAGGCACAAUCCAGGAUCAUUCCAGUAGCACCGCAGUACUUGAACUCUUCAUCGAUUAAGGGCAAAAAGGGAAAUUGUUAAUUUAGCUCUGGUGCUUUGGUUUACAUAAUCCUUAACUGAUGUCUGACAUCAUGAUACUCAAGUGUGCUCAGCUCUAGAUAGAGUUCCUGCAAUUAGGCGUUUCUGAUUAAAGAACAAUAACUGACCACUAGUCACUUUAUACCCCUUAACUAACUAUGGGUCAUCCUUUCACUGAUUACUGGUGUGAGAGCUGAGAUUCAUUUUGUUACCUUCUGGGAAGACCCCUUUUGGUCUUGAGGAUGUUUGAAGAACUGUGGUGUAAAGGUAGUCUGUAUUUUUGUUGACACUAUUCACAUUUCUUUGGCAUCUGUUGGAUCUUGCGCUGAAUGAAAAGAUUUUGCAUAGGGAUGUGGGAAUGGGAUAUGGGUGGAGGGUGUGUGGAGGAUGCUUUGCGUUGGGGUUCUGUUCACAAAGGAAUAUGAGUGGAUUACUAAUGUCAACCAAGUUCCCAGCCUUGUUGAUUAUUGUGGUUGGGAAGUUGACAACCAGGUAUCUAAAGUAUUGCCUGGUAAGGCAUCUUUCUUCCUUCUCAUGCCCUUCCUGCUGUCGUUGUGGAGGGUUUCGUGGCUGGCUGGCAUGCUUCCUACUGCUAGUCUGUCAUUGCUCUCUGAUCGAAGAGGACGACACUCUGCACCAAAAAGCAGGUAGUUCCGGAAGCUAAAUGCUGCUUUCCAUCAUAAAUACUUUUCUUAUGAGAAUAUAUCUCUUCAUUAGCUAGUGAUUUCAAUUCAGACUAGUUUACUGAACAUACCUUUUCCUGAAGUCAACCCAGGUAGCAAUCUGUAAGUAACUAAGAGCGUUAAGAACCACAGAUAUAAGAAACAUUAUUUUUAAACUUAAAACAAAAAACACUGAAUAUACUAAACCAAACUAAAACCUUCUGAUGUGAUUGAAUUCUUCCAUGGGUGUAUUCUUCCAUGAAUUCUUCCAUUUAAUUCUUCCAUGGCUAUAUUCUCCUAUAGUCAUAGGCCUGACUGGAAUUAGAAUUCUCUAUCCCUAACAUUUCCCAGAAUUCACACAGCACAAAGUUGGAUUUACAGAGAUGGGUUAUCGUCAGGGUAGAUAAAGAUGGCCUAUGAAUUGCAGCCACAGCUUCAAGUGCUUACCUGAUGUGAAUACUUCACUCUUCCUGCAGUCCUUCAAGGCAAACAGCUCCAUCUCACGAGAAAAUGAGCAAGUUCUUGAUGCAGCAUUGGCAAAUAUCCCUAGGCCUAGAUCAUGUAUGGAAGAGACUUUGGGAAUUCAGGCAUCAAAUGAAGUUGGCUUUUCUUUUUUACGCCUUGUUUGUAUUUUUCCAUGUCUAAUACACUAAGGACACUUACUCAUUGUACUUGCAGCUCAGUGUGUCUUUGCUGUUCGGAUACUAAAGUGUACUUCUGAGUCAUCAUGUACCAGGUGGUAGGUUGGACAUAAAUUGGCAUAAUUAGGCCUUGGUACUCAAAGAGAGAAGCUGGUCUCUUUACCAGGUCACAGACUAUCGAAGCAGAUUGUACUGGUCAUCUGACCAUGACAGCUUGAGGGUCAUUGUUUGCAUGCACUACUCUGGGGCCUUGUAUUGGAACCUUUUUUAAAAAAUAAACUAACAUGUCAGUG